UUGGCUUUUAACAUUAGAAGUUAUUUAUUCUCUUGUUUCACUAAUAAGAAAGGUGUUAAAAAUGGUUUCUAAAUUUUUUAUUUCUUUAUUUUCAGGUGUUGUUAUUCGAAGUGGAUACUCGUCUGCUAAUUAAGUUUAUUGUUGGCGUUCGUCUGGUAUGUAUAUCUUGUCAGGUAGGCCAAUGACGUUUAACCAAAAUAUUAUUGUUUAUAUCCUUAUCGCUUAUUGUCCCGAUAAUACGGCUUGAGAUUAGAAAUAUUUUGUUUUGAUUCUGUGAAUUGUUUGGCGGCUCUGACGACCGAUUCUCCAUCAGCUCUCUUAUCUUGGAUAAUUUAGAAUAUUUGCUUUGUCUAUCCUCAACUUUUCUGGGUUUCAAAUUGGUUUUGAAAAUUUUUGAAUUGAUUCUCUUAGCAUAUAUCACGCCCUCAUUCAUCAGUACUUUAAUAAUAUUUUCUUUAAUUGCUAUCACAGCCAUAAUAAUAAUAAUAUUCACGAAAUAAAUCAAUGUAUUUAUUGUAUUUCUUCCAACAUAACCUUUCCAUAAACAACAAUCGUAUAAUUCCAUUUUCGAUAAACAAUGUACUAUUCCUUUCGAUUUUAGUUCACACGUUUUACCCUCCAUUAUUAUAUUUGCAACAUAAUUUUUACCUGACAUCAUAGUCGUACUAAUAGUCAUAACAAAAUGAAUCAGCAUAAUUGUUAAGCUUGUAACAUAACCUCUUGGUGAACAAUACACAGAUGUUCUUUCCUUCAAUGAACAAUUCAUUCCUUCUUUAAAUUUUAAUGCACAUAUUCCAUCUUCCAAUAGCUUCCUAUAAUAAUUUCUUCCUUUAUCAUUUUCUAAACCCGUAUCCGUUAUUACUUUUUCCUUGUUUUUGAGCAUGUUCCUUUUCUUUAUUCCGUAAUUGCAAUCACGACGGUAAGCUGCUUGCUUGAACCGCGUGUGCUUCGGGUGCAUGUUGGUAUCAUUAUCCACUUCAUUCUGGUGCCGGUAUUCCUCCCUGCAUGUUGCCUUCUUUUCCUGGUCGCUUGGUUCCUGUGCCUCUUUUUUGUGGUGUUUGAAUUUGGCAUGCGGACGGUAACCUCUCUUCCGGGGCCUUCUUUGUUGUUUUCUCCGGUGGGCCUUCCGGUGUUGGACUCUAGGGUUCGCUCCGACGUCGUCCUGCCGGUCACACUUUCGGCUUGCUUUGGUAGCGGUUUGCUCCUUGAACCUAGUGUGCCGCGGGUGGAUCCAACGAUGCUUGGGUGGUGGCUGCUCAAACCGGGUAUGUUGUGGGGUUAUUGCAUGCUGGUACACAGGUUCGGUGCAUGACUGUGGUUCAUUAUUUUUAGGCUUGGUUAUUGGCAAUUCUUUAAUCAUUUCUGUGUCAAUGCUGUAAAAUAUUUUCGGUGGUGGGCUGGUUACUGGUGGUAGUUCUUCGGGAGGGAAUAGUAGACUUAAUAUAGGUUGUUUUUUGCAUACCGAAUUUGAUGCAUGUUUGACAUCUUUAUUUGGUGGCGGGCUGGUGCGGUGGUGGAUUUGUUCUGGUGGUUGAUUUACUGUAGGUUGUUGUUGGUCUGUUUUUAUUGUGCAUGCCACUGUAUAGGAUGUGUUUAGCCUAUUGCUGUUUUGAUUAUGAUCGUCCUGAUUUGUGAAAUUUAUAUCCUGUUUAUCGUUUCUCUUCCAAUGACGUCUGCUGUCAUAAUGUGCUUCUUUGUGAUACCGUUUACUAUUGUAAUAUUGGGAUCUGUUCCUGGAAUUAUUUUCAAUGUACUUUGCACUUUGCGCAUUUGCUCCAGCGUUUGCAAUAUAAUUUUUACUAUUAUAAUUUUUUCUGAAAUGACUAUUAUUAUUGUUUUUAGAUUGAGUAAAAUUUCCUGCUUGUCUAUUUAUAUAAUUUGGCUCAGAAGUAGCUGAUUGGAUAGAAUGUAAAUGUUCUAUCAGUUCUUCACAACUGGAAAUCGAAGAUACUGCCAGUGUCAUACGAACAUUGAAAGGAAGCUUUUUUGAUAAGAUGUGGACCAGUGAUGAAUCAGUUAGAGAUUCGUCUAACUGAUCGUUUCUGCUCAUCAGAUCUGUUAUAAAAUCAGUGUAGGAUUGUCCAUUUCUGCUAUCGUAAGUGCAUAAAAUAAUUUCUGACAAUGCGUCCAUCUGUUUACAUUUACUCCAAUACUGUUGCAGGAACUGGGAGAUGAAGUCCUCCAGGCUGUUGAUAUCUCGCAUCCGGCUCUGGAAAAACAUCAGCGGCUCGCCGAGUAGUAGACUGGACAGUUGGAAACGCCAUACUAACCAAGAGGUUGGUGGCGGCGGGUGGUGGUUGACUGGUCAUGUCAGGUGGCGAUUGGGUGGCGGCACUCUCUGUUCCCUCGGCGACACUUGGAGCGAUCUGCGGAGACGCCGGCACCGAGUUGGACGCCCUCACUCCCUCAUCUCCCUCAGCCGGACUCUCAUCGGAAUUAAUCGCGUCAACGACGUUAUCGAUCUUCGUAGAAGACAAUUGGGCCAAGUUUUGCGGGUCGAAAUUGAUGGAGCAUAUGCUGCCUCCCUCUCUCUCUCGUGGGGUCUCCGCUGCAUUGUCCUGAGGUUGUUGAGUGGCCGGUGUCGUAGCUACAUAAUUUUGGGGGUGGUCGCUGAAGUAGGAAAUUUGCGAGUUAGCUGGCGACUGGUUCAUGGUGACGUUAUUAUGGAUUACUUCGAAUAAAGUGCCAAGUGUGUUGCCAAAUUUCAGAAAUAUCAAAAUGAAUUCAGUGAUAGUGCCUAUUCUGGAUAAAAUUGUGUGGUGUUAAAAGUUUCAAGUGUCAUGUACAUAUAUUACUAAACGGACAUCAAUAGACAGGUAUGGCUUACAAAUUACACUAAUAUAGUUCUUAAAAUUUUAGUUAGGGUCUUAUCUUCCUUACUAACAACAGUAUUGUGAUGCCUCAAAUAACCUAUAGCCCUGGUCAGCAUACAAUGUCUAGAUUCAAAAAUCAAAAUCAAAAUCUUACUAUAACUUUUAUGGAAAUUUCCAUCCAA